AUGGAGACGGUGACGGGACGCACCGCGCAGGAGAUCGGGGAGAGAGCAAAGAGAAGGGCCCGUACUACAGAUGCGGUGGAGAACCCUCACUGUUCAGGCUCAGAGCACGACUCCACUGUCCGCCGGCUCGUGCUCAUCGCCGCGCCGAAUCAUAAAGGAAGACCCAAAAGACACCGCUGUGAUGAUUGCAAGCAAGUCUUCACCACUUCAUCAAACCUGAAGAUCCAUAAGAAAACUCACAUUAGAGACAAGCCGUACAGCUGUGAUCAGUGUGGAGCGGCUUUUGCGCACAAAAGUUCUCUAACGAUUCACCAACGUAUUCACACUGGAAACAAGCCGUACAGCUGUGAUCAGUGUGGAGCGGCUUUUGCCCGGAAAAGUUCUCUAACGAGUCACCAGCUUAUUCACACUGGAGACAAGCCUUACAGCUGUGAUCAGUGUGGAGCGGCCUUUGCGCACAAAGGUUCUCUAAUGAGACACCAACGUAUUCACACUGGAGAAAAGCCUUACAGCUGUGAUCAGUGUGGAGCGGCUUUUACCUUUCAAGCUCAACUAAGGCAACACCAACGUAAUCACACUGGAGAAAAGCCUUACAGCUGUGAUCAGUGUGGAGCGGCUUUUGCCCAAAAAAGUCAUCUAACGAGACACCAACACAUUCACACUGGAACCAAGCCUUACAUCUGUGAUCAGUGUGGAUCGACUUUUGCCCGGGAAUGUCACCUAACGAAACACCAACGUAUUCACACUGGAGAAAAGCCUUACAGAUGUGAUCAGUGUGGAGAGGCUUUUGCCCAGCAAACUAGCCUAAAGCAACACCAACGUAUUCACACUGGAGAAAAGCCUUACAAAUGUGAUCAGUGUGGAGCGGCUUUUGCCCAGAAAAGUUCUCUAACGAGUCACCAACGUAUUCACACUGGAAACAAGCCUUACAGAUGUGAUCAGUGUGGAGGGGCUUUUGCCCAGCAAAGUCACCUAAUUAAACACCAACGUAUUCACACUAGAGACAAGCCUUAGAGAUGUGAUCAGUGUGGAGUAUGUUUUGCCACAUCAAGUAAUCUAAGGAGUCGUCAACGUAUUCACACUGGAUAAAAAGUGUACAUUUGUGAUCAUUGCUGAUUUAAUUCAACAUCGGUUAAAUUCCAAUGCAAUAGCAGUUCAGUACCAGUGCAGCACACUUGUAAUGUCUGUGCAAAACCUGGUUCAGUUCCAUUUCAGUACUUGUCAGGGUUUGACAUUUCAUGUUGACAUUUCCUGUUUUAUUUUGAAGCCCAUGUCCUUGUGUUUAAGUUCUUGUCUGACCUUCCUGUUUCCUUCUGCCCUGAUUGUCUGCACCUGUGUCUCGUUAAGCUUUGUGUGUAUCAGGGGUCUCCAACCUUUUUCGCUCUGAGAGCUACUUUUACAAAAAUGAAAGUGGACGAGAGCUACUCGUGUUUUGUAACAUGUAUUGCAUACUGUAUUUUAACCCAAACAAACUUAACUGUUAACAUUAUGUAUCAAAACACCACAAACAAUAUUUAAAUCAUCUGCAUUUUGGCUUUCUGUAUGUACUUUUGUGU